AUGGAGAGAAGUGAGGAGGUUAUGAGGCGACGCAUUCGUAAGAAGGGAAGUGGCGCGAGAACAUGGCUGGUGGUUGACGGCGGCGGCAAUAAAGAGACGGUGGAGGCUGGCCGGCAGAUGAUAAUGAAGAGGACGGGGCUGACGGCACGUGACCUGAGGAUACUGGACCCACUGCUGUCGCAGCCUUCGACGAUUAUGGGGCGUGAGAGGGCGAUGGUGAUAAAUUUGGAGCACAUAAAAGCUAUUAUCACUGCGAAAGAGGUUCUCUUACUCAAUUCCAGAGACCCCUCUGUUAUCCCUUUCGUCGAUGAGCUUCACUCACGGAUUCUUCAUCACCACUCUGCCACUCCACCUCCGGUUUUUGAGGAUCAAGAUGGCAUGAAGAUUCUUCCAUUUGAAUUUGUAGCAUUGGAGGCAUGCCUCGAGGAUACUUGUACUGCUUUGGAAAAUGAGGCAAAGAUAUUGGAGCAGGAGACUCAUCCUGCCUUGGAUAAACUGACUUCAAAGAUUAGUACUCUCAAUUUGGAACGCGUUCGUAAUGUUAAGAGCCGUUUAGUUGCCUUAACUGCUCGAGUUCGAAGGGUAAGGGAUGAAUUAGAGCACUUGCUGGAUGAUGAUGAAGAUAUGGCCCAGCUGUACCUGACAUACAAGUUAUCUCAACAGCAGCUUGAAAAUUCUUCUACCUCAUCCAUGAAUGACGGGGAUGACAUGGAGAGUCAAGUUCUUCAACCAGAUAUAAAUGACAGGAUUCCUUCUGAUAUAUCAUUGGAAUUUGGUGGAGGUUCUGCAAGUGAUGAAGAUCAUCAAAAUGCUGCUGACUACUCCACAGACCAAAUGUUUGGUGCAUCUAAUGGAGUUGGUAUUGAAAUCAAAGAAACCCAGGAUGGCGCUACCUACAGUGCUGUAACCAAGAAACCUGAUGUGCAGGAGCUUGAGAUGCUCUUGGAAGCAUACUUUGUGCAAAUUGGUGGCACAUUGAACAAACUAUCUGCGCUGAGGGAUUAUGUUGAAGACACAGAGGACUAUAUAAACAUUAGGCUGGAUGACAAACAGAACCGUCUCUUGCAAAUGGCAGUGAAGUUGGGCACAGCAGAUGUGCUUUUGAAUGCCUUUAUUGGAGUGACUGGUAUUUUUGGCAUGAAUAUUCAUAUAGAGCUAUAUGAUACUGGGUUGCCACAGUUCCUUGGGACUAUUUUUGGAUGCACUGCUGUUUGCUUAUUCUUGUUUAUGGUUUCCAUUGCUUGGUAUAAGCGCAGGCGCUUGCUGGAAUAG